AUUUCCUGGACUGGUGUCACAUGACUGAAGCGUGUGCUUUCAUUGGCCAGCUUCCAUUCCGUGUUUACUUCCGGAAGUGAUUUGUUGUUAGUGUCAGACUUUCCAUAAGGACUAUUAAACCUCAAAUCUACAGCACCGGAACGACAGGUGUGUCCUCGUCCCCAGCAUGGCACACUGGUUUCACAGAAACCCGCUGAAGGCAACAGCGCCCGUGUCCUUUAACUUCUACGGAGUGGCAGGAAGCCCCGCGGCCAACAAGAUCUGCAAUGACCUGAGGACCAACCGGGCCAGACUGCUGGAGAUGUUCACUGAUGUCACCUGCAACCCUGAGAUCAUGAAGAAUGCUACAGAUGCAUACUUCUCCCUCCUCCAAGGCUUUAUUUCAUCCUUGGAUGGAACUACUCAGGAGAACAAGAUGAGGUUCAUCCAGAACUUCAAGUGGACUGACACUUUACAAGGAAACACACCAAGUGCCCAGCAGGAUGCCAUCUUUGAGCUGGUCUCCAUGGCCUUCAACGUAGCCCUCUGGUACACCAAGUUUGCCUCGAGACAAGCAGGGAAAGAAAACGUGACGGAGGCUGAGGCAAAAGAUGUUCACCGGAGCCUGAAGGUCGCUGCUGGUACUUUCAAAACCCUCAAGGACGUCCACGUCCCUCGUCUCAUCACCCCGGCUGAAAAGGGCCGAGACCUGGAGCCCCGAGUGAUCGAUGCGUACAUCAUCCAGUGCCAAGCCGAGGCCCAAGAAGUGACGAUUGCCAGAGCGAUCGAGCUGAAGCACAACGCCGCGCUCAUCGCAGCGCUGGCAUUUGAGACGGCAAACUUCUAUCAAAAAGCCGACCACACGUUGAACACCUUGGAGCCGGAGUGCAGUGGCAAAUGGAGGAAGUACUUCCAGCUGAAGCAGCUCUUUUACAUGGCUUAUGCCUACUGCUACCAUGGACAGACGCUGCUGGCCAGUGACAAGUGUGGGGAGGCCAUCCGGUCCCUCCAGGAGGCGGAAAAGUGUUACUCGCACGCCGAGGCGCUGUGCAAAGAGUACCGUCACACCAAAGGGCCCGGCACCACGGCCAAGCCGUCGGAGCAGCUGUUCUUCCUCAAGCUGGGCGCUCUCAUUAGGAACACGCUGGAGAAGUGCCAGAGGGAGAAUGGCUUCAUAUACUUCCAUAAGGUCCCAGUGGAGGCGCCCCAGCUCGAGCUGAAGGCCAGUUACGGGUUGGCUGAGCCAAUCCCCUUCGAGCUGCCGCCCCUCAGUGAGCAGUGCACUUCUGAAGUCUACGCCACCUUUGACCUCACCAAGGGGGCCAAAAAUGACAAGGCCAAGCCCAAGGAGGAGGAGGUGAAACCGGUGAAGGAGCCAGAUCUGAAGCCUCAGAAGGACACAGGCUGUGUCCUCUCCUAAACCCGCCCCACGCUUCACUCCCAUCUAUUGUAAUGUAUAUAUUCUUUUUCAUUUGUGGUGUUUUGCUUUCCUGCACCCAGGUGGGAGCCGUCAGGUCCAGACAAAGCUGUUUGGUAAAUUUAGUCUUUACACGAGGCUCCGAUAGCGGGGACAGAACAAAAUAAUAUGGAACCCCACUACAUAGGGCAUGAUGACUCCCAUUCACACAGUAUGAUCUGCGUGUGUAUUGAUAUUAAAACACACUCGUGAUAAUCAACAGGGUUAAAAUCUUAAGUCGUAUAUGCAGUUUACAAUCAGUACUUUAUUUCCAUCACUUGACAUGUGUACCUUGGUUCUUUUUACACUUAAUGUAGCUGCUCGUUUUUUUUUUUACUUCUACUAUUCAUAAAGGAAAUCUUUUAUUACUGGAUGAAUCAUUCUUUAACAUGCUGAGAUAUUAAUAGUGGUUUAAUUUAUUUCUAUGGUCAUGUACGACUUUGUGUGGCUCAUGUUAUUGCUGUUGGGGAUUUUAAUUAGAAAAGUUUCAGCGGAUGCAGCACUCGUGGGGAAAUGUGUUCCCUCAUCUCAUCACGCUGCUGCCUUCCACUCCUCCACGGUUAAAGCACCACCACCGAUCACCUGGCAAACUGUCAUUGGCUGUUCACAUGAACCUGUGUGUGUGUAUUAGCUCGCCCUAAUAUCCUCUUAACGGAAGUGAAAAUCAAAUGCUGUAUCCCUCACUUCCAUCAUAGAACAAUGUAACGCCGUUGCACUUGAUAUUCAGCUGUGCAGAAGGUUCAGUGUGGAUCGGAUGAAAUAUAAAGGCAUGUGACCAUUAUUCUUCAUACCUGGAACAGCAGCACUGUCAUUUGUUCUUUUCAAGAGUGUCAGAUCACCACGAGCUGCACAUCGCUCGUCUUCCAGCGAGGUCUGUGAUGUAAAAUGUCUUUCUGAAGGUAAUAAAUCAUCCAUACGAGUCCA